AGGAACCUGGAUAGGCGAAAGACAGGGAUGAUUACUCAUGUGUUUAUUAUAUAAUUGAAUUAUCACAUUUAUAAUAAAUAUAUUAUUCAUAAAAGCAUCAUAUGGCGUGUGAUAUUGAUGAGCUCGAAGUAAAUCCAUUUUACAAAGCACUCCAGGUAGGCCUAAACUAAAUUUAAAUACUAAAUGGUAAAGUAUAGGCAUAGGCCUAGGCCUAAGCCUAGUAGUGCCUAGUAGUAAAAGUAAAGUACUGAUUAUAAAUAUCGCCUAUAUACUAUAUAGUAUAUAGGCCUACUGGUAGUUUACUUUUUAAGAAUGUGGUUUUUUUAGUGUGAAUAUCUUCCAAUAGCUUCUAGGGAUCUUUUUGUAGUUAACGACCCCAUAGCUUAUACUUAUAGUUAUAGUUAUAGAGAGCUAUCGGUCUCAACCAGUAGGCGUAGGCUACAGAGUGUAGCUUCUACUUAAGUCUACUACUACUACUUCUAGGUGGCUGGGCUUAUGGUAGAUUACUAUUACUAUAAAUAAUAGUCUAUACUUAAUAAUUACUAUUCAUUAUACUAUAAAUUAUUAAAAAAACUACAAAUUCAAUUGGUGAUAGAUUGAUGUAGCGCAGUAUUGACUAACUUAAACUAAGUUAAAGUUAAGUCUUAGUAUUGGUAGUUUCUAUUAUCAUUUUUUAUUACUAUUAAUUACAUCACUGAAAUCACUCUUAAGUAUGGAUGUUGCCAAAACAAAAAACGUGUGCCAACAAAAAAAUUUUUAUGUUUAGUCUCAUAAAUUCACUCCAAUCGGAUUUUCAAGACAUAAUAAUAAUAAUACACUUAUUUUUCUUUCUUUAUAUUAUAUAUAUAUAUAUUUCAUACUAUGUAGACUAUCUUAAAACAUUGAUAACUAUUAUCAUUAAAUAAAUAGUAAAUAGUGAUUCCUAGACGUUAAAAUAAUUUGUGUAAUUGAUGCACAAUAUCCCCAAUGAAAUUGUUUAAUUUUACAUAAAAAUAUUGAUGCCUUUAUAUUAUUUAUAAGUAAGAUGUCCUGUUAAUGAAUUCAAGUUUAGCAUACCUUGUUCGUAGAUUUCAUUUCACAACUUGAAUGCAGUCCAUCAAUUAUAUCUUUUAUAAGUUAACGAGGGCUCAAUUGUGUAAUUAAUACUCAGUAGACCAAUCUCGCAACAGAAAAAAUAACGGGGGGGAGGGGGGGUUCGUCAUGUUCCUAAACAAAGAUUGACCUAAGCUUAUGUUAUCGUCUUUAAGCCUAAUCACAUUAUUAUACAGUUUCAUUCAACUAAACAUUCUAAAGUAACAAGAUUUUUUAAAAUAUGCACACUUUGUAUGCAGUAAAACUAUUAUUAUGGUAAAUAUAUUCAAAGAUAGUACUGUAGAUUUUAUAAUUAGUGCAGAGGUGUUAUCACUAGUAUGAACUAGUAAUGAAUGAAGUGGGCAAUACUUCCCCAGCGUCAUUGAGAGCGGAUAUUUCAAGCAAAUAUUUCAAGCUCCAAUUUUGGUUUGAUUUGAUUGGCUGGACUACCAAUAGCUCUUUAGAAGCUAUUGGUAGUUUACUGCAGAUAGCUCCCUAGAAGCUAUUGGUAGUUAGCUACCAAUUGACAUUUUCUUGUUAGUAGUAAUUAAUAGCAUUUGACAACUAUUUAUUAAUUUUUAAUUAGCUUAGGUCUAGCUAAUACAAUUAUUCAAUGAAAUCUUCUAGACUAAUUAGCUAUAAAUAGAAUUUUAUAUAUAUAUAUAUAUAUAUAUAUAUAUAUAUAUAUAUAUAUAUAUUUAUUUUUAAUUAGCUUAGGUCUAUCUAAUACAAAUAUUUAAUGAAAUCUUCUAGACUAAUUAUAUAUAUAUAUAAUUUUAUAUAUAUAUAUAUAUAUAUAUAUAUAUAUAUAUAUUUAUUUAUUUAUUUAUUUUUUUUUGGAAGCUAUGCAUAUGAUUAUGAUCAUAUGAGCUAGAUUCCUCAUUCUUAUUUUGAAAUUCACUAUGAUGACUAAGUUAAAUUUAAUUUUAUAAAGUUUACAGCCUUAAUAAAGUUUGUAGGGCUUAUUAUAACAAUAAGUUAAAGGUAAUAAUUCAUUUUAGUAAUUUUUAGCUUGAUAAAUUCAAUGCAAAUUGAAUUUCUUUUUUGUGUGUAUUAUAGUCAAUAUUUAAAAUAUUUAAAAGUCAAAUGACAUCUUUUUGUUCAAAUACAAGAACCUUUAAACAAAUAUCACGAGACUAAAAAAAGCAAAGUAUAUUUCAUACAUCUUUUGUUAUUCAUGGUGCCAUUGUGGUAUGUAAAAAAAAAUACCCUGUCUUCAAUGAUAUGUUUUAGUUUUAUUUGUGUUGACCCAUUGGAUGUAUCUAGAUUUUAAUAAAUGUUCUAUUUAUCUUUUUAUUACUUUAGUUAUGUCUAGGUGUUAGAUUAUUUCUUUCCAAACAGUGGUGGCUUUGGACAAGUUUAAAUAUCUAGGUAUCUUUUAUCGGUUUAUGAUUAUGAACUAAUAGUCUAGUUUAGCUAAAAAGUUAUAUUUCAUAUAUAUGUAGCUCUUAAAUUAACUCACAAAUUGCUUUAUAAAUAGGGCAGUUAUUAAAACUUACCUUUUUCCUGUACAAAAAUGUACGUGAGUGUGUUUAGGGGGUGGGGAUGGCUGAGGUUACACAAUCAGUUUAUACCACACCCUGUUUCGCAACUUUAAGAGAUGCAUCUCUGUUAGCAGCUGAUUUAAAUGUCAAUUUUUUUACAGUUAAUUUAAUGUAUGGUGUUUACUUUUGGUCUGAGACUCGGAACAUUUUUUAAAAAUCUUUCCACUCAUCAGCUGAAUAGACAAUAAACAAACAGAUUUUUAUAUUAAAAAUUCCUUUAGUACCAAUGAAGAUACAUGACAAACUAAUAGGAAAACAAUAAAUGAUUGCUCUAAAAACUAUUGCUUGAUGUAGUUCAAUCAGGUAACUUGGGCGUAUUGAAUUUAUCCCCAAAAAAUAAAUGAUUACCAAGCCUAUAUUCAAUUUUUUACCCUAAUUCAGCUUUCAGCAACCUUUUUUGAGUUAGGAGCCAUUUUUAGUGAGGCUUUCUGAUUAAAAUCAAACGUUGGAAGCCUGUAGACUGUUAAAGGUUGGAAAGGGGGGGGGGGGGGGGAACAAUUCUAUUAGUAUUAUAAAUAGGCCUAUUUAAAAAAUGGUGAUCAUGAUGCUGAUACAUUUGUGCAGUAGUCAAUGCACUAGGAUUAAAAAUACUACUAGGCCUAUACUAUAAUGUAAGAAUUUAUAAUUUAAUUUCAUUCAAAUCGGUAUAGUUUACUUUAACUUAAAUGCCCAGCUAUUGUUCACGGUUUUCUGAUGGCCCAAAAUGGGAGACCCUAAGCAAAAUAAUUAAUUCUCAUGACUCCUCCUUACCUUUUUUAUGCAUUACAUUUUGUUAAAAAUUCUAUUAAAAUGAGUUAAAAUUAGAAUUGUUGUGAACAGCAGAUGGAUGCCCUCUGGAUAAACUGCUGUCAUAGACCUGAUGAGGGCUUUUUACUUAAUUGGCCGAAGCAUACUUUAAAGCCUCAAGCACAAUAUUUACCACCCCACCCCUCCUCCCAAAAGCUUACUGUCAUCUUGUUGCUAACAAGGACAUGGACAUUUGAUAACUUUUCAGAUAUCAACGAAGUGAAAAGAAGGUUGCGCUCUAGCAUUUGAAACAACUUGCUCUUCAUACACCCCCACCCCCCCCAAACCAUACGUUUUCGAAGACUCCAGCUAGCUGGAUAUUUUCCCUUGUCAAAAUUUGUCUCUAAGGCACUCAACCCAUAACUGUUCUUUGGCAGCCGUAACAUCACACAAGAAGAAUGCUGUUGAUGCCUGCAAGGAGCCUGGGCUGCCUAUCAACCUGAAAAUUACACCCCUUCACUGGUUUGGCCAUGUUGAAAGGUGAAUUAAAAUAGGGGAACAUUCUGCUGGAGGUCGAUCCUUAGCUGCAAGGACAAGUGAAAGAAAGACAUGAAGGGAGCUUGUAUUAACAUCAACAAUAUAAGGGGCUAUCCAGAAGCAUAUACUGCAUUAUGCCUUGCCCUCAACUAUGGAUUUCAGUGGACAGAAGAGUUGCAGAAGGCUUGUCUUGCUGAAAACAGAGCCAGCUGAGUGCUAUGGAGCAACAACCUUAGAUGUUCACACACAGCAAGGACUGCAACUCAGAAUCACACAUGCCAACCAGGGGGAUCAAAAACUGUACCGGUACAAGAGUCCCAAAAAAACAACUGUAUAACGACAUGAAAAACUGUACAGAACAAAAAUUAAAAGUUGGAAAAAGGAAUUAUUUAUAACGGUACCUUUUUCAUUUAAGUAUCGAUGUUUUAAAAGCAUUCAAAACUUGCCACCUUGAUGAGUUUGAAAACCUAAACAACAAGUAUAUUUUCCACAGUACUCAGUAAAAGACAUGUCAUUGAAAUAAAAUUUGCAAAUAAAAUCUCCGCCCUCGUAACUUUACCCCAUAGAUUAUUUACAUGAUGGGGCUGAGAAAAGAAGGAUUUAACAGAGGUAGAAUCUCCCUUCAUUGCCUCAAAGUUUUGUAUGUGCAACUAUGUUUUAAAAUGUGCUUCACUGUCAUAAUGGACUGAAGCAGGCACUUAAUUGUCUUUUUUGCAAAAUGCAUCAGAUUGAUGAAGCUUUGAUAAUUCUCUGGUAUUUGGGUCAGUCACUUAGUUAUAAUAAGAUCUCAACCCCCCCCCCCCCCCCCCCCGCCUUUUUAAAAUUUUUUUUUUUUUUAAAACUUAGGAUCACCCACUUAAUUGGAAGUUUACAGCUGUAGUAACAACAGAAAGAAAGAAUAUAACUGUGAUUCUUGCGGCUCUAAAUAAAAUCUAGACCAAUGAAGAAAAUGGCUUCCACUUAAGUGGUAGAAAGUGUUAACAUGUUUAAAUUAAUUUAUGCCAUAGUGGGCCUAGUGGCUAAAGAUCACUAAUGUAUUUAUGUUUAGGCCUGGUGAUAUUAAAAAAAUUUAAUUUAAUAAGAAAUAAACAUUCACUAACACAGCAGUUCUUGCUAAGAAUUACAGAAACAGAUUUUUAUAUAUGGUUUACUACUCAAAGUAGUUGCUGCUACCGUUACCACUGUAAGGAUUCCCACAUAACAAAUAGUGAAAUUUCACGUAGAUGUUGGUCGAACCUCACCAAGAAUACUUAGAUACUGUUUACCUAUCCAAACAUUGGGUCAAAGGUUGUUUUGCAGGACCAGUAAUAAUUAAAUUCCGUGACCUACAAGGAAUUUAUUGUAACUGUAAAAAUUAUGGGUAAACUGUACUGAUUGGCAUGUGUUAUAUAGCCUAGGUGUUGACCUAGUUGUUCAUCCUGUGAGGUGUAAAACCAUGGCAUGAAACCCUAUACCUCCCCCUUUGUCUUUGUUACUGACGUCACCAAUUAACUAGGUGACAUGUGCUGCCAUUUCUUUCCACCACUACCCUUCAUUGGGAAAGUUUGUUUACGUUUCCAGAAAGGUCUGUAUAGAGAGAGAAUAAUACUCUCUGACGGUUGAAUUUCAAGACUUUCAGUUCUGGUGGGUUCUGGUGCUCUCACUAUAAAUAUGACGGUCGACUUUGAGAAGCAGCAUUACGAGACUUACAGGAGCCCCACCAGACUUACUAUAUUUUUCACUGUGUGUGUGAAUUACGUUUUUUUUUACUUUUCUGGUAUUAGACUUUUUCACUUGCUGUUUUGUAAGUUAAAAUAGUUUUUAGUUUUGUUUUAUGAUUUUUGUGUUUUAAUCAAAAUAAUCUAAUGUAAUAAUAUAGUUAAAUUGAUUAUUUUUAAUAUCCCUAGCUUUGGUACCAGUAUUGUUUUUCUUUGUAAAUUGAUUUUUCAGGCUUUUGUUACAUAUUGUUCAUCUAACUAGCCAAAUCUUAAAACAGAUUAAAUUAGUAAAACCAUAGAACUGUACAUACCAUUUUGUAUGAACUCCAAUAAGCUAUGACAUAGUCUCAUGAUGUGGACCUACAUAUUACAGUCAUUGACUUCUGCACUUUGUCAAUUUAAAAAAAAAUUGUGUACAUUUUUCCUGUUUUCAUUGUAUCCCUGUGUUUACAAGAGACAAAUGAUUUGCAAUAUAUACAUUUAAUUAAAAUAAGGGGCUGGGUGGCCAUUUAAAAAAAAAAAAAAGAAAGUCUUCUGAAUAUUUUCAAAAAGAAAAGAGAAACAAAGUAGAUUAGCAAUAACAAAUACUCAUUCAUAUUUCAUAUUUUAAUUUCUAUACUCCAAUAUAACACAAAAAAAGGGCUCACAUUUCAAACAGAUGAUUUAUGUAGAAUUUUUAACUUAAAUUUUAAAAAUGCAGGAAUAGCUUCUUUUUUUUUUUAAAUUAAAAAAACCAUAGCAAAUAUUCUUAAAUAUUUGCUAUAUAAAACCGGAAAAAUCAAUUGUAAGGAAUGAUGGGGAGUCAAAAAGUUGAACCACGCUAUGCCUACCAUUACAUAGAGUAAGAUUGACAUCAUAUAUAUUGUUAUUACAGACACAGAAAUUUUAACCAAAUUGCUAUAAAUCCGAGCAGAAAAUAUAUUUUUUUAAAAAUCAAGAUAAAGACAUUGGUUUGAGAAGAAAUGUUGUAGUUUCAAAGGCACUUAGGAUUAGUAGUGUCAAAAACUUUUUUUUUAAAAACAUUUUUAUCUUCAUUGUCAGCAUCUUAUAUUAUCAUCAUCAGCCUUAAAUUAAAAGUGUGACUGUUCAUCAGGGUCACUGUGACCGAAAUGCAAAAAGUGCUAUCACAUAGAUAGGGGACUGGUUAUGAGAAGCUCAUCACAAGAAUAAACACACAAUUAAAAAAUUAUUCCAAAUGCCUUGCUGAGCAAUAAUAAAAAUUUUCUAAUUAUUUUUUUAUUCCAUUAAAAAAAAAAAAAAAAAACUCUCUUAUUACCGGUACUAUUAGAAAUACAGCUUCAUUUGAAAUAGUCUAAUAAACACACAAUUAAAAAAUUAUUCCAAAGGCCUUGCUAAAAAAUAAAAAAAAUUUUCUAAUUAUUUUUUUAUUCCAUUAAAAAAAAAAAAAAAAAACUCUCUUAUUACCGGUACUAUUAGAAAUACAGCUUCAUUUGAAAUAGUCAUUUACUUUUGAUUGAGUCUGUGUGUUUCAUUUGUUCAUUUCACUUAAAUCUAGACAUGGAUUGGAGAUGAGGUAUCCUUUGGUCAUUUCACUUAAAUCUAGACAUGGAUUGGAGAUGAAGGAAAAUAACUACGGACACUGGCACCUGUCAAGCUCUAGUGAUGAAAUAACUCAUGACUUGUUUGUUGUUUUUGUGUUUCCACUCCAGUCCCAAUAUGUUGAUUUGUAUGAAAGAGCCCAGGAAUGCUGUUAUCUUCUUUGUAUACCACAGUCAUCCACUAUCAGCUCGAAUGCCAUCAACACAGACUUUGUUGGUAAGGUUUCAUUGACAAGGAGUCUAACAUUAUGCUAGCUAUUUAAAACUUGAUCAGACUCAGUCAUUAGUCAUCUGUGAUGUGGUUGUGGAAAACAGCUGAUGGUAUUAGUUAAGUCUAACAAAAUAACUACAUUUGUGAAAUUAAAAAGUAAGAAAUCCAUAUUUAAAAAAAAAAAAUCAUGUUUCUCUGUGUUUGUGUGUGUAAAAAUCAUGUUUCUCUGUGUUUGUGUGUGUAAAAGUUCAUGUUUCUCUGUGUUUGUGUGUGUUUAAAAAUCAUGUUUCUCUGUGUUUGUGUGUGUUUAAAAAUCAUGUUUCUCUGUGUUUGUGUGUGUUUAAAAAUCAUGUUUCUCUGUGUUUGUGUGUGUUUAAAAAUCAUGUUUCUCUGUGUUUGUGUGUGUUUAAAAAUCAUGUUUCUCUGUGUUUGUGUGUGUUUAAAAAUCAUGUUUCUCUGUGUUUGUGUGUGUUUAAAAAUCAUGUUUCUCUGUGUUUGUAUGUGUUUAAAAAUCAUGUUUCUCUGUGUUUGUGUGUGUUUAAAAAUCAUGUUUCUCUGUGUUUGUGUGUGUUUAAAAAUCAUGUUUCUCUGUGUUUGUGUGUGUUUAAAAAUCAUGUUUCUCUGUGUUUGUGUGUGUUUAAAAAUCAUGUUUCUCUGUGUUUGUGUGUGUUUAAAAAUCAUGUUUCUCUGUGUUUGUGUGUGUUUAAAAAUCAUGUUUCUCUGUGUUUGUGUGUGUUUAAAAAUCAUGUUUCUCUGUGUUUGUGUGUGUUUAAAAAUCAUGUUUCUCUGUGUUUGUAUGUGUUUAAAAAUCAUGUUUCUCUGUGUUUGUAUGUGUUUAAAAAUCAUGUUUCUUUGUGUUUGUAUGUGUUUAAAAAUCAUGUUUCUCUGUGUUUGUGUGUGUGUAAAAAAAUCACGUUUCUCUAUGUUUGUGCAUAUAAAAACAAGAAGUGUCAACUAGAUCUAUCAGAUCACGACUGUGUUAUUUUGAUAUGAACUGAAACAAAGUUCAGGGUUUAUAAAAAUUCAAUAAUUUAGUCAUCAACUCAAUCAGAUUUAUUUUGAUUUUUUUUUCAGAAACACACAUCCUACGACCGUCUCCUUAUUUCAAAGGGUAAGUUUUUAUUAAUGUUUGCACAGCUUUUCCAUUCAAUGAUCAAGUAUGGGAGUGGGAGGGCCUCUCUGAAUCAGCUUACCGUUUUUUGUUGUACGCCAAGAAUGAUAAGUUUUGUGAAUGAUUGGAGCUCAACAUCUGUCUCAGUGUAUGGAAGAUGUGUGUUUGUUGUAAUUUUCUAAACUACGUCAUAAUUUAUAUUUCAUCAGACAGUUUAUGACAACCCACUCAUCCAACAGCAAGACAUUGGGCCUAUCGGAUGACAGUCGAUACUUCAGAACCAUAAAUGGUGAGUGUAAAAUCUUCUAGAUUCUAUCUAAAUAUAGUAAUGCAAUAUAGUUUAUAACUACCUGACCAGUCCCAACUUCCUGUCAACAGCAAACCAAGUUAAGGAUAUUUCAUCCUCCUGUUUUGUUAUUUUUUAAUACCGUUGCGUCUGCUGAUGAAAGCUUUCAGCCAAAACAUUCUCUUGACUGUCAUGUAUUUUCAUUCAAUCGCAUAGCUUGCUCUUACAAUUAGAUGCCAUUUGGUUGGCAUACAUCAAGAGGGCUGAGGCAUAAAAUUCUGAUAUUCUGUUUUGCUUUUUAUUGUUUUUUUGUCAAGACACAUUUGUAAGCGCAAGUGAGGAUAAUAUAUUCACAAACUCUUCUUCAGUUGUCAAAAAGGUCUGUUUAUAUUUUUUAUGUUGUUUUUUGUUGUUUCAACAUCUUGUGUUAUGAUACAAACCAACAUGAGAUAAGUUAUUAUGCUUACAAUGCUUGAAUAGAGACAAUGGUUAUGUUGUUUUUUGUUGUUCCCACGUUUUAUGUUAUGAUACAAACCAACAUGAGAUAAGUUAUUAUGGUUACAAUGCUUGAAUAGAGAAAAUUUUUAUGCUACUUAUAUGACUAACUUAGUUUGUAAUUUUUUAAUUUUUUUUUAGGGUUUACCGUCACAGAAGAAAUUCACAUUCUUGGAGAAGAAUUGGCAUACAACAGGGUAGGUAACCAGCCAUUAAGGGUGAACCUGAUUACAUGCCAUGUUACUAACCAUAAUGACUCCAUGUGGGUACAGGAUCUGUAACUGACUAGGAGCAAAAUUCACCCACUGCCAUCCUGAUUGCUAGUUGCAAGAUGCAACUACUACUAAUAGUAGGUUUUGCAUUGGGUUAACAACCCAUUCGUGAUGCAAUUGAAUCAUUCACAAACCCUCAAACCAGCCGAAACUGAAAGGGAGAUGAAUUGUUGAAUACCUGUCUACAAUGUCCAGUUAUGCAGAUUAUCUCUUAAUUAAUCAAUAUAUAAUUAGAGAAUAUUGUAUAAAAACUUUACCAUCAUUGUUUACCCUAGACACAUACAAAUGUGAGAUAGGUUUUGGACAAAAUGUUUUGGAUCAUAAGUCCUUUUUAAUAUUCAUUCGGCAAAAAUUUUAUUAUUCCUAAACCUCCUUUAUGAAUACAUAUUAAAAAAAUGAUAGAUUUGAAUGAACCCUUGCAGUCUCACAGAACUGCACCUACAGAUGUAUCACAACCAUAAAUUACUUUCUGUUACAGGAUUAUAAACCGUACAAGAUUCUUAUCCUUGACAGACCACUUGACUCUAAAUUUAAGGUACCUUUACAGUCCAUUUUAUGAACCGCUACAGUAAUUUUUUUUGUCAAUUUACAAAUACAUUUUUAGAUUUAAAAAAUAAAAAUUUAAAUAUAAUGUAAACAUUAAAAACACUUACUAUUAAAAUUUAACUAAAGUAAAUGAAAAAACAAAUAAAAUUUUAAAAGCGCUGUAAGUUAAAUCACAUGUAGCUACUAUUUUUGUAAAUGAAAUACUUCAUAAAACCAUUUCUGUAUGUGGCCUUCAAAGAACUACUUUUCUGAAAACUUUUUAAUUUUUACCUUGCUUAGGACGAAGGUAUGAUUUUUGUAUCCACAUUUAAUUGAAUAUCAGCAUGUCAUGAAACAUUGAAAUGAAGAUGACAGUUUCAGGGGAAGUCACUCUAAUCAAGUGCUCUGCCUUUCAUGUGUUUAGUAUAAACAUUGGCAGAACUAGACAAAACAUGUUUUUCAAAAAAUUUAAUUGUAUUAUACAUAACCCACUUACGAUACCACUAACUGUUUGUGAAUGGUCUGUUUGUGUGUAGGUGAAAACUCAAGAAUCUGAAUCAACAGACAGACAUUUUCAAACCUGCUUGCUGUCUGUCAAAGAGUAAGUACAAAUCUCAUGUGUUAACUGUAUAAAAGAUUUGCUUGUGUCAGAAUCCUGCUUAUUUUCUUAGUUUAAAAUAGAUGGCCUUUUUCUUUACAUGAAAGUUUAUUUUUUGUCAAACAUUCAUGUGCUCUGGACAUGUUAUGUGAUCCAUUUUGACAUUGCUCACUGAAGCUUCCUUUAAUGCCUCACAGUCAUUGAUGAUGAUUGUAGAAGCCUCCUCCAAUGCCUCACAGUCAUUGCUGAUGGUUGUAGAAGCCUCCUCCAAUGCCUCACAGUCAUUGCUGAUGAUUGUAGAAGCCUCCUCCAAUGCCUCACAGUCAUUGCUGAGGAUUGUAGAAGCUUCCUCCAAUGCCUCACAGUCAUUGCUGAUGAUUGUAGAAGCUUCCUCCAAUGCCUCACAGUCAUUGCUGAUGAUUGUAGAAGCUUCCUCUAAUGCCUCACAGUGAUUGCUGAUGAUUGUAGACGCUUCCUCCAAUGCCUCACAGUCAUUGCUGAUGAUUGUAGAAGCUUCCUCAAAUGCCUCACAGUCAUUGCUGAUGAUUGUAGAAGCUUCCUUCAAUGCCUCACAGUCAUUGCUGAUGAUUGUAGAAGCUUCCUCAAAUGCCUCACAGUCAUUGCUGAUGAUUGUAGAAUCUUCCUCUAAUGCCUCACAGUGAUUGCUGAUGAUUGUAGAAGCUUCCUCCAAUGCCUCACAGUCAUUGCUGAUGAUUGUAGAAGCUUCCUCAAAUGCCUCACAGUCAUUGCUGAUGAUUGUAGAAUCUUCCUUCAACGUCUCAUGAUAAAAUACUCUAUUACUCGAUUCGAGCAUCUUCAAGUAUUUCUGGCAAUGUUUGUCGAUGGCGCUCUACAACACUGUCUGUCAAUGAAUACCCAGACACACCAUACGUUGGAACACAAACACUUAAUUAGUGACUAGGGUUCUUCUUUAUUACGUUUAUCUGUCCAGCUGAUUCACCUGGUUACAGGAUCUCCUUAAAACUACAUAGUCUAUCCAAAACACAGGAGCUGUCACUCAUGCACGUCUCGUGACUAUCUCCUUAAUCACCUCUCCCCUUUCCACUCUCUCUAUCUCACGUGUUAUAUCCACACACUUGUGUUUUAUUCUAUUCCUGUCAUCCAAUGAUCAUUCAGACACAAUCUUAACACUCAUGACACAACUCAUGAAACCAAACAGUUUUCCUACUAACAACAGAACUACACAUCUGCCCACUCUUCAUUACAUGGAUAAUUGUCAUCACACUGACUCAUUGGAUAAGUUCAUCUCCACUCUUCUCAGUGAAGUUUUUGUUCAUGUUAUAAUCACACUAAGUCACUAAUGAAAACAUUUGUCUGGUUUACUUCCAGUUGCACUGAAUUUUUGAAGUCUCGUCCAGAACUUAAAGAGGUAAAGUAAUUAUUUGACAUCGUGUGUUCGAACAUGACAGCUCUAAAACUCAAUGGUUGUCACUGUUGAGUUUUCUCUCCUCUGCUAAUGUAGACACAAAAAUAAUAUUAAUUCAAUUGCGCCAUUGGAUACUAAUUUUUCUACAUAAAAAUAUAUAUUUUAAAUUAUAACACACAACAGACAAAGGUUUGAUGUGACAUUGGGCUAGUAAUAAAUAUAUAAAUAUACAUAAUAAAUAUAUAAAUAUAUUUAAGUAGUUUUUAGUGAAACCUAAAUUAACAGCUAGAAGUUAAAAUAUUUUUUAAGCUAGGUGUGUGAUUUUAACCUUAAAAAAUAGCUUCAAAUAUACAGAUUUUUCAUAGAAUGAACAGUAUAACAUAUUUUUUAAUGGUUUUAAAUACUUUGAUUUUGAUGUUGUCAAUGCAUUUAUGGGGACUUAAAAGAUAUAGCAUUUUGAAAAUUAAAACAUGAAUUUUGAUUCAGUGCUUAAAAGACUUUUGUUAUUGAUUAAUGUUUAAGGUUUUCUUUUUUUCUUGUUUGUUUGUUAAAAAAAGUCUUUAGAAAAUCUGAAUGUCAAGAUCAAAGAGUUUGUGUCCCACUAUAUGGUACUACCUGACUACCUGGAUGAGGCUGCCCACAGACUGGAGGAGAUCAGUACACAGGCCUUUCAGGUGACCAAUUUAAACUUGGUUUGAACAAUGGACAUAUUUUAAAAUGAUAGCUUAGAGAUCCAAAUCUUGGAAUAUUUACAUUGUGUUGCAUUAGCUCCCUAUUUAUGUCAGGACUUGCCAAUGAAGUGCCAACUCAGAGAGAUUAAAAUAAGUAACAGUGGACUUUACACAUUUCUCACCUUUUUAAAUUAAUAACUUCUUUAUUCAGUCCUCAAAAAAAUGAGUUUUUCAUUUUGUUCGAUUGUGGUCUUUCUGUUAAUUUGACUAAAAACUUGGCAGGAGAUGGCAGGCAAGUUGAAACCAAUAAAGUCCAAUCCUAAAAUGAAAGAAAUGCUUGCUGGAACCAUAGAAAGGUAAAUAAAGCUAACUGAAGGUGGCAACGUUUGUACAUGUUUUUAUUAUUUUACAUUAUUUUUCUUUCUUCUCACUUCUGGUAUGUAUGAAAAUAAUUGAAGACCUUAGUGCUAAAAGUACUUAGGUCACAAAAUGCUCAUCUUGAGAUAGUCACGUUCAAAUAUUCUUUUUGUGAUCAUUUUCUUUUUUUGUCUUGUUUAUUUAAAGGACUUAGGUAAAUUUUACAGUGUUCAAAUUUCUGCAGUGAACUUGGCUAUACUUGAUAAGAAAAGGUCACAGUUUAGAUUUAUUUUGACAAAAAUGUGACUUAUGUACUUUUAGCACUAGGGUCUUCAAUUUAUGAUUUUAAUUACCAAAAAUGGUAGAUUAGCCUACAUCAGGUUUACACCCCCUCCCCCCGAAUCGCCAGGUUAUAUUUGGGGCCACAAAAUCUUUGAAAGAAGAACUUAAGAUGUAUAUGUAUAAAUAAAGAGCACUUUUAGAAAAUUAAGACAAUUUAAUAAAAAAUAAAUAAUGCAGGGUAGGCAUGAUGGAAGUAAAAAAACAAAUGUUAAAGUGGGCAAUGAGCAAUGAACUCUAGAGAAAUGAAAGACUACAUAAACUGAAGAGCAUAGUUAUAUUACCUGUUCUGACCAAAAGGUAGAGAAACUUCAACUGAUCACCAGAUUAGUUUACCUGAGCCAACCAGAGUGAUUAGAAAACCUGAGCUGACCCCCUCAGAGAAAUUAAAUGUUACAUUUUUUGGUUGCAAUUAACUGUAUCCUACUGCUUCACUCAAACAGUUUCCUGUCCUUUCCAGCUACCUGAUGAAUGCAGUCUAUGACAAACUGUUUCCUGUCAUAUGUCAGCACAUGUCAGCAAGAGACAAAACACUGUUGGCCAAAUGUCAAAAAGUCAGCAAAGUCAAGCCUGAACAGAUUGGAGUCAAGAGAGAAUUUUCCUGUCCACUACCUAUGGCUGUAAGAAUGCUUCUCCUGUUUGAAAAAAAGGCAGUUAAAAAAACAACCAAAAUUUAAAUUUCUAGCCAGUUUUUUUUUUAUUCAAGAAUUUAAAAUUAAUUUUUCAAAAUAUUUUUCUUUUUUUUUUUCAAACUCUCUAAUUUUGGAAACUUGAUAGUUCCUUAAAUAAGUUUGUCCCAGUAAAUAUUUGUUUAGGUCUUGAGACUUCCCUAAUACUUAAUAUUUAGAUUUUAGAUAUUCAAUCAUUUAAAAAUUCAUGAAAUUCUUUUCAGUUUUAUAUGAUAUUGUAUCCAAAAAAAACAAGAUAAAACAUGGUUAAUUUAAAAUUGUUAAACAAAAUAGGAAAUCAGGGUGAAAAUUGAACAGAACAGAUUGUUGAGCAAUGAUUUUAUGUCUUUUACAUGGACAGGUUGUUGAGCUGGCAAAUCUUGGAUCAUUGCGCACUCCGCGAGAGAAAUUGUUUUGUUUGAAAUCCACAGUGGUAUGUAUGUUUUCUGUUGUGUGGUAUGGGCUUGUCGAUCACAAAACCUUGACACGUUUGAAGACAUAAACAAGUUUGAUCCACAACUGUUUUAUCAUCAGACGGAUAUAAAAUCAUUCCAAAUGUUAAGUCAGCACAGUGCUUCGAUGGUGGAGUUGUCACCCUCACAACAAAGACUUAGCUGGUUUGAAUUUCCUUAUGUUAGCCCUGUCAAUCAACUCAUCUUGGAGAGAAUGAGUUUAAAAAAAUUAAAUAAAAAAACUCCCCUAACUUGUGGGUUAAACUGGCUGGACACUGACCAGGGGUCAAAAUAUGGAGGACUAGCGUUCUGGGCACAAAACCUGAUGCUGUGAACACUCGCUGUAAUAUCGCCAGAUAAGCUGCAGAUGCCAAACAAAAAAUCAAAUAAAGGAGAUUCUAAAUGUUUUAAAAAAAGUAAAAUAAAAAUUUUGAUAGUAGACUUUACAAAGCACAUUGAUGAAUAUUGUGUUUUGGGAAUGUUGAUUUUGUGUCGGGACAAUGUAAUAAAUACAGCAUUAGCCAAUAAAUACACUGUUGGAAUAAUGUGUCAUAGACUCUCAAUUAUUCAAUAACUUAUUAAGAACAAGGACAUGUUUAACAUAUAAAAAAAGGAAGCGUUUACUAACAAGGAAGUGUUUAACUUAUAAUAACAAGGAAGUGUUUAACUUAUAAUGAAAAGGAAGUGUUCACCAAGAAGGAAGCUUUAACACCACCAUUAAUGAAUUAUAUAUUAUGACAGGAAAAUGACUGACUCAUUCCUUAAUCCACCAGGACAAUAUCACCAAGGGAAUAGCUGUGUCCAUCAAUGAGAUUCAUCAGGCGCCCAACCCUGUGGGAUUAGAAUUAGGUCAGUUAUUUCUUUACUCGCGUGUUCUGGGAGUUUUUCUUACACCAAUAGCUAAACUCUAACCUUCACAGCACCAUCUCUUCCAUCUGUCUUUAGAUACGUCAGAUAGUCUCAUCUCUUACCACAACCCUUUCUUCCAUUACGUUGUUUGCAACUGAUAGUCUCGUAUCUUCCAUCUAUCCUUUGAUAUGUCUGAUAGUCUCAUCUCAGGCCACAACCCUCUCUUCCAUUAGCGGUUCAUAUCUGCAGCAACAAAAACAUCCUCCAUCCAUAACUGUCUACCUUCAGCUGUCCUAGCUGCCUCAUCUACUGCCAUAACUCUGCCGUUUUAUGCAGUUGCCAUAAUUGUUACAUUUCACCCCUUAAAUCUCCCAUCUCUCUCCCUACACCUGCCCAGUCCAAAGCAUCACUGACUUCUCUAAUGCGUUAUCAUCACUGACUCCUCUCAUGCUUUUCUUGUCUUCAGCAAAGCCAGAAGCUUGCAUCACAACAGAUGACCUAAUUCCUAUACUUGUGAGUAUGUGUUAAAAAAAAAAACCCUCACAAAAAAUCCAUAUUUAGAAAUUAGUAUCAAACCAAUUUGUUAGAAACCUGUUUGCAGGAAACCAAUUUGUUAGAUAUCAGUUUGUUAGAAACCAGUUUGUUAGAAAUCAACUGUUAAAAAUCAAUUUGCUAGAAAUCAAUUUGUUAGAAACCAAUUUGUUUGAAAUCAGUUUGUCAGAAAUCAUUUUGUCAGAAAUCAAUUUUCUAGAACGAAAUCGAUUUGUACAGGGGAAUGUUGUUUGAAUGGAAGUCUUUGUUUCUGUUUUGAGGAUAAUUAUAUUCAUCAUCAUAGGUCUUUGAUUUAAUCAAUUACUUAAUAUCAUUCUUUUAUAGAAACAAAUUUUAAGAAAUCAUAGAGUUAAAUUUAACAAAUUUCAUUUUUAUAUCCAUAUUAUUAUAACUUUGUAUUUUGGUCAUUCUUAUUUGUUUCCUUCACUGCAUAUUUGUUUAAGGUUACUGUGAUAGCUAAGGCCAAGUGUUGUCAUCUGAACAGUGAUUUGUUUUACACAGAAAAGUUUAUGUGGACAGCUGCAGACAGAGACAUGGAUGACCUGGGGUAAGUGGUGGUUGCCAUGGCAACAGUGGGGCAACAGUGGCAUGGAUGACCUGGGGUGAUUGGUAGUUGCCAUAGCAACAGACAGACAUGGAUGACAUGGGGUAAUUGGUGAUAGCCAUAGCAUUAGAGACAUGAAUGUACUAGGGUAAGUGGUGAUAGCUAUAGCAGCAGAGACAUUGGAUUACCCGGGUAAAGUGGUGGUAGCCAUAGCAUCAGAGACACGGAUGACCUGGGGUUAGUGAUGGUAGCCAUAUCAACAGAGACAGCGAUAAUCCGGGUUAGUGGUUGGUAGCUAUAGCAACAGAGACAGGGAUGACCAGAUUUAAAAAGUGCUGGUAACCAUAGUAACAAAACUCUGAAUGUCAAUUUUUUAAAUUUUUUUUUUCCAUUUAUAAAAACAUUACAGAAUUCUUGAAAAUUGUACAACUUUGUAUUUACCUCACCCUUCACUCCUUCCACUGUAUGGCUCUCCUGGACGGCUCAUAACAAGAUAGUUGUCUAACAAUGUACAACAUUUCAGGUUUUGCUUGGUGUCCUUCAAGGCUGCUGUACAAUACAUGGCUGAGGCUGACUUCACAGAUUUGAAAGAAACAGAUGAAUCUGAGGUCAGUUGCAGGUCAAAGUUUAAAAGGUCGGCAGCCUACCAUGUUGGAAUGGGAACCCAGGAGAUGCAUCUCUCAGCUCCUUAGUCACCGUCCAUAGGGUUACACCUGGUCGAAAACUUGAAUCUUCUUUAUUUUUUUAUGGAGUCUUAUGCAGAGGUUAUUCCAUAUAAAAUGUUGAUACCUGCUCUAAGAAAAGUCAUGCUGAUCAAAUGUAUUGAUUAAAAUAUUUGUUUUCUUUCUUGGAAAACUCUAUGAUAGAGUGUAGCAAGGGUUUAUGCCGCCCGGGGCUGGCCAAGAUUUGUGCAGCCAGCCCCUACUUCCGAGCAAAUAAAAUUCACCGAUGGCAAUAAUGUAGGCCUUCGGCCAAUAAUGUAGGCCUUCGGCCAAUAAUGUAGGCCCUUGGCCAAUAAUGUAGGCCCUCGGCCAAUAAUGUAGGCCCUCGGCCAAUAAUGUAGGCCCUCUGCCAAUAAUGUAGGCCCUCGCUCAAAUUUAAGAAAAGAAAAGUCCUUCCCCUGAGUUGGACCCCCUUUCUCUCUCCCUCCACGACACUUUCCCACUGCACUCAAUGAGAGGCAUUUUAAAAAAAUGCUGGAAUGUUUGUGAAUCUAAUUUUGUGAAUGUUUCAUUAAAGCGUUUUUAUCACCUGGCUCUUCAGAUCAGUUUGGAAGAUCUGAUGGCUGCCACCAGCUGCGCGGGUGAGUCCAUCAGCAGCAGAAACAGAUCAUCCCACCAUGUUUUACCUGACCUGGACGUCAAGAGUAGACGUGAGAGGCAGCUCAAUAGGAUCAGUGGGCUGCUGGAGAGGACAGUCCUUGACUUGAAGAGUGACAAGAAAUCCCAAACGAACUCUCAGCAAAUACAGAGCAUCUUCCCUGGUCAGAAUUGUUUGGGCAUUGCUCACUAUAUAACAUUGAUCCCUCUAUACCAAGGGUUCUCAACCUGUGGGUCGUGACCCCUUUGGGUGUCAAAAGACCAUUAGACAAUGGUCGCCUAAGUACAAUGAAAAACACAUAUUAAUGAAGUAGCAAAAAAAAUAGUUUUAUGGUUGGGGGUCACAUCAUGAGGAACUGUAUUGAAGGGUUGUGGCAUUAUGAAGGUUGAGAACCACUGCUCUAUGCUGAUGUUGUUAUUUUUUUAUCAUUUUUAUUCAUUGUAUUACUAUUAACCAUAGCUAAUGAAAAAGCACACCUGUUUAGAUUUAAUAAAAUGAUGUCACCAUGUAUGUAACAAGACCACUUUAAUUUUUUGGGGCACCACUUCACUCCUGUGGCUCACCUUGCUUUGGUCAUAUAAAUUUAACAGUCAGAAAUGGAUGUGGUUACUGAAAGAUAAAAUAUUUCUCUUCAGAUCGUGUUUCUGCCAAGCCGGAAGUUGUGCAAGUUCAAGGAAAGGAAAAGUCAAAAGUUCAACUAGGGUAAGGUGUCUGUUUCUGCAGUUAGUAUCACCGUGGUUUGGAUAUAUUUAAGAGUUCACUAAGCCUUAAGUUCACUAAACCUUGAGUUCACUAAGCCUUGAGUUCACUAGUGUUGUUUUUCCCCCUCUUCAUAAGGGGAAAAAAACAACACUACUGUCUAUUAUAACAAGUUUGAAUUUUUAAAACAGAUUUUUAUUUGCUGUGUUUUUCAGGGAUUUCCUCUCAGCCUUACAAGAGGAUGAUUUUGAUCAGUCUUUUGGUAAACAGACGUAGCAGCCUACCGGGUACUUAAAAACAAUUGCAACCCAUCCUUCCCCACACAUCAAUCAUCUACCAUGGUCUGGAGUUGACAACACGCCUCUGAUCAAGACACCAUCUAUCAGUUUGAGCUGCUUUUGCUCACACAAUAAAACAGUACAUCAAACAAUCGGUGCAGAGCUUUACAUACGAAGCCAGUUAUCAAGCCCCUUGGCUCAACCAUCAUGUGAACACAUUGGCUCGUCUCAUUUAGAGCAUUUAAUGAAGUUUUCUUCAGCUGGGUUUCACCACAUAAGGUCAUCCAUCCAUCCAUGCAUCAUCCGUACACUCCAAGUGGAAGCAUCCAUGUAUUCCAAAUGGAUCAACAAUCCAUCAGUGUGGUCGCUACAAAAUAUGCAUAUAAAAUUUACUAUUCUUGACUUUGACUAUUCCACGGCUGGGACCAGUUUCGGUUAUUGUUCUUAGACUGCCUGUUUUACAGUAAUUGGUGCAAUAAGUCUGUCAAGAACACAUUUUUAAAGGUUGUUGAAAUGCCUCAGGGAUAUCGCUUGACUGGCCAGCAAUCUGUUACACUAAAAUAUCUUCUUUCUUUCAAUGACUAAAGUGAUAAGAAUCUGCACAGACAUCUGAAUGUCAUGUCCCCUAUGGGGAAAACAACAAAAAAAGAUACCCUGUGCUUUUCUUAAAAGUAAUCAUCCUUGCCCAAAUCUUUCAAAUAAGUCUUUUUAAAAUGUUUUAAAAAAUAAAACAUUUUAAAAUUCAUUCUUUUUAAACUUGAAAGCCUUUUUACUGGUCAUAAUUCUAGAGAAUUUUUUUUUUUAAUGAACGCAAGAGCGAGACAUUUUUAUUACCAUAAAUAAACUUGGUGUAU